GUCCUAAUUCUUCCACCCUAAGUUCGCCAAAGCCCAGUAGAUCUCUUCAAAUCACCGUCACUCUCUUUGGAGCAGCGACAAAUGGAGAUGAGUACAUGGCCGAAAAAGAUCUCUGUCUCUGGAGUUCAGUUGCCGGAGAGCCCAAUAGAGCCCAUGGAGUUCUUGUCAAGGUCUUGGAGCGCCUCAGCUCUUAAAGUCUCCAAGGCACUUGUUGCUCCUCCAACUCCUCGUUCCUUACUUCCCAGGGGUGUUGGUGUUGCUACUGAAUCUGCAACCACUCCUAUCCCAGAAGACGACAUAGCCGGCGAGGCUGAGGAGUCUGCCAUGCUUUCCGGGAACACAUUCUCUUUCGCUUCUUCUGCUACUUCUCAACUGGUACUUGAACGCAUCAUGUCUCAAUCCGAAAUAUCUCCACUAACAUCAGGGAGGCUGUCUCACAGCAGCGGAGCUUUGAACGGUUUCUUAACAGAGGAAACAACAGAUAAUAGCCCACCAGUUUCCCCUUCUCGGGAAUUCGACGACGUUGUCAAGUAUUUACGUGCGAAUAACACACUGCAACCCCUAUUCGCAACCGCCCGCAGCGGUUGCGCCACUGGCGGCAGCAACACACCUGCCGGCAGGACAGUUGGGAGGUGGUUGAAGGAGAGGAGGGAGAAAAAGAGGGAAGAGAAUAGAGCCCACAACGCUCAGCUACACGCUGCUGUUUCGGUUGCCGGAGUUGCUGCGGCGGUGGCGGCCAUUGCAGCAGCCACGGCAGCCGCAUCAGGUAAGGAUGAACAGAAGGCAAAGACGGACAUGGCUGUGGCUUCAGCCGCAACAUUGGUAGCUGCGCAGUGUGUGGAGGCGGCAGAGGCUAUGGGUGCGGAGCGUGACCAUCUCAUAUCAGCAAUUAACUCCGCCGUUAGCGUCCAAUGUCAUGGGGAUAUCUCAACUCUUACCGCUGCAGCAGCCACAGCUUUACGUGGGGCGGCAACUUUGAAGGGUAGAGCAUUGAAGGAAGUGUGGAAUAUUGCAGCAGUGAUACCGGUAGAUAAAGGAUUGAGUAAAGGGGUGGGUCAUAACGGUAACAAUGUUCGUACCACGAAUUCCUAUAACGAGGAAAUUUAUCCCGUCGAGAAUUUUCUGGGUGUUUGUAAUCAAGAGCUCCUUGCCAGGGGUAGUGAGCUUCUCAAACGCACCCGGACAGGUGAUCUUCACUGGAAAAUCGUCUCCGUAUAUAUACAUCGAACAGGACAGGUUAUGUUGAAGAUGAAGAGCAAACAUGUCGCCGGGACCAUCACCAAAAAGAAAAAGAAUGUGGUGUUGGAGUUAUGCAAGGACAUGCCGGCGUGGCCAGGGAGGCACUUGUUUGAAGGUGGAGAGCAGCGUCGUUACUUCGGAUUGAAGACAACACUACGUGGGGUUGUGCAGUUCGAGUGCAAAAAUCAGAGAGAAUAUGAGAUGUGGACUCAGGGUGUUUCAAGGCUCCUUGCUAUUGUCGGCUAUCCAAAGAAUGGAAAUUAAAACAAAACAGUUGGUGCUAUCUACCAAUUGACUUAAGCUAGUUUGAUGCAAAGGGUCAUAUCUCUGUCUGUCUAUUGAUGCGUAGAUGAGUUUGUCAUGAAGGUCUUUAUUUCGCUUUGGUUCGGACACGAUCAGCCAUAGUAUAAAGCUUUAGUCAUUGGAGAGAAAUGAAUAUGCAAAAUCAUUACAUUUCAAUUUCAGGAUUUCAUACAGUUCUAGCAGUAAUGUAUUGGUCUAAACUCGUGCUAGAUACUGGAAGAGACAACUACUUUUAUGUACUGCAUAAUAUUUCCGAAAAGUAGGGAAGGAAAUGAAGUG